CCUCUCUGUUCUUAAACUCUCUUCCAAGAUUCAACUGUGCUCUCCUCUGUUCAUCGUUGGCUAUGAUAAGCCUAAAGCUCUCAACUUUAUUAGUUCUAACAAUCCUCUGUUUUUCACGGGUCUCCUCUGCUUCUUCCGACACUUUCUUCAUCAACUGUGGAUCGCCGGAGAAUGCAACAGUCAACAACCGAACCUUCGUAUCCGACAGCAACCUCGGUCGGGAAAUCAACGUUUCCUCGGGAGGAGUCUCCGUCACAACCACCGAAUCCAACACCCUUCCUCCAGGAACAGAGUCGACUCUGUUUCAGACGGCGAGAGUCUUCUCCAACGAAUCAACUUACCGAUUCACGAUCAACCAACACGGAUGGUUCUUGAUUCGUCUCUACUUCCAACCCUUCGCCUCAUCUUCCCCCCGAGAUCUAACCUCAGCUAGAUUCUCUGUUUCCUCUCAGAACUUUACUCUGUUCCGACACAACAAACCUUCAACGACCUCUGUUGUGAAAGAAUACACUUUAAAAAUCUCCACCAGCACUCUCUCUCUCCACUUCCGUCCCGAAACAGGCUCCUUCGCCUUCGUCAACGCCUUGGAAGUCUUCAAGCUUCCAGAGAAUCUCCUCCCCGAGGAAGCAGGACUCAUUAGUACGACGACAAAGAGUCGCAAACUCAGCACUCACGCCAUGGAGACCGUCUCUCGGAUAAACAUGGGGAACUUGAGCGUCUCUCGUGGUCAAGACAAGCUAUGGAGGCAAUGGGAUGCUGACUCUACCUACAUGGGAGUAGCUCACUUUGGUCUCCCUGUGGUAAACCUCAAAGCUGUUAACUUCAGCGCUGGUGGCAACAACAUAACAGAGGACAUUGCGCCAGUGUACGUCUACGGAACCGCCACGAGGUUGAACUCCGAGGACAAUCCAAACACAAACGCCAACUUAACGUGGACGUUCAGAGUCGACCCUGGUUUCGAUUACUUUCUCAGGUUCCACUUCUGUAACAUCAUAGUGGAUCAUUUCGGGAAUCUUCGUCAGAUAAGCUUCGACAUUUACGUUAACUCGGAGAGAGUUGAGUCUGUUGAUAUGUCUGAAGUCGCGAAUGGAACCUUUGGAGCUCCUUCUUUUGUCGACGCGGUGAUGCUGAAGGCGAUGAGUUUGGAAGGAGAGUUGAGUCUUUCUAUUGGUGGAGUUAUGGACGUGUCUUUUUACCCUGUGUCUUUCAUUAACGGGUUUGAGAUUAUGAAGCUUAGCAAUGAUAAGAAGAGUGUUGAUGCUUCUGAUGCUGUUUCUCCGAAGGGUAAAAAGAGUUCGAAACCGAGUAUUGGAUUGAUAGGUGGAGUAGCUGCAGCUCUGUGUGUUGCUUUAGUGUUUGGUGUGGUUAUACUUUCUUUGUGCAUAAGGAGAAGAAGACAAAUACAGACUGGAGAUGAGGAGAUUAAGCAGCAGAACGAAACAGGUGAAAGCUUGAUAUUUUCCAGCUCGAAGAUCGGUUAUCGAUACCCUUUGGCUUUAAUCAAAGAAGCAACUGAUGACUUUAACGAAAGUUUAGUGAUUGGAGUUGGUGGGUUUGGUAAAGUCUACAAAGGUGUCUUGAGAGACAAGACCGAGAUAGCCGUGAAGCGCGCUGCUCCAAAAUCUCGCCAAGGUCUAGCUGAGUUCAAGACAGAGAUUGAGAUGCUGUCUCAGUUCAGACACAGACACUUGGUUUCUUUGAUUGGGUACUGUGAUGAGAACAGUGAGAUGAUCAUUGUGUAUGAGUAUAUGGAGAAGGGGACACUUAAGGAUCACUUGUAUGACUCAGAGAAUCAAAGGUUGAGUUGGAGACAAAGGCUUGAGAUAUGUGUUGGUGCAGCUAGAGGGCUUCACUAUCUCCACACAGGCUCAACAAGAGCGGUCAUACACCGCGAUGUGAAGUCGGCUAAUAUUUUAUUAGAUGAUAAUUUCAUGGCCAAAGUUGCGGAUUUUGGAUUGUCUAAGACUGGUCCUGAUCUGGACCAGACUCAUGUGAGUACCGCGGUUAAAGGAAGCUUUGGUUAUCUUGAUCCAGAGUACUUGACAAGACAGCAGUUGACUGAGAAGUCAGAUGUUUACUCUUUCGGUGUGGUAAUGCUUGAAGUACUAUGCGGGAGACCGGUCAUUGAUCCAUCUCUUCCGAGAGAGAAAGUGAAUUUGAUCGAAUGGGCGAUGAAGUUGGUGAAGAAAGGGAAGAUGGAAGAGAUCAUAGACCCUUUUCUUGAUGGGAAUGUGAAGCUUGAGGAGGUGAAGAAGUACUGUGAGUUGACAGAGAAGUGUUUGGCUCAAAAUGGAGUUGAGAGACCAACAAUGGGAGACUUGUUGUGGAACCUAGAGUUCAUGCUUCAGGUUCAAACGAAAGAUGAGAAAGAAGCAAUGGUGGAUGAUGGUCCAGAGGCUAGUGUUGUGGGGUCAACGGUGCAGUUUAGUGUGAAUGGAAUGGGAGAUAUAGAAGGGGUCUCAAUGAGUAAGGUUUUCGCGCGAAUGGUGGUGGGAGAAGAAACGAGAGAAAGAGAUUGAUCUGAAGAAGAAGAGUAUAUAAGUUACUAUAGAGUGUUGUUUGAACAGGAGGAGAAGGAGAGAACACACUAUUUGUUUAUGCAUUGUUUGUAUACAUGCACUGCAAAUCCUAAACAUAUUAUUGCUAUUCUUUUCUAUAUAUUUAUUUGCAUUAAUACUUUUCAUUUU